AAAUAACUUUGAUAAGUAUAUGAUACGAUAAAUGAAAUAAAAAAAAGAAAUAAGAAAGUCUAAGAAUUCUGAUGAUAUUACUGAGCAUCAUGCAAAAGCAUUACUGGAACGUUUUCCAUAUUCAAUAAAAGAUUUUAAUUUUAAAGAAGUUCCAACAUUGCAUGUUACUUAAGAGUUCUUUAAGGAUCCUUUUAAGACAAUAGAUGAUUUAUAUAGAAAAGGUUAUGAGAAAUUUGGUAUAGUGAAAUUACUUUUACCAAAUGAAUUAAAAGUUCCAGAGAAGAAGUUCUUUAAUGAAUUAGAGAUGAAAUUGAAAGGUAAAAGAGUGGAGACUAGAGUAUAAACUUUAAAUUCUCAAUAAGCAGGGGAGGUAUUUCAAUUUAAUAGAUUAGAUAUUUGGUUCAAAUACAACAGGAUUUACCUUAUAAGAGUAUAUUAGAUAUGCAAAUAAGUUUGAAUGUAGUCAUAAGUUAUAAGGAUAAAGAGAAGUUUCAAAUCAAAUCAGAUAGAAUGAGAUAGAAUUCUGGUCAAUAGUAGAUUUCCCUCAUAGGUAUGAUGAAGUAGAAGUAGAAUAUGCAGCUGAUUUAUUGGCUACUAAAUAUGCUACAGGUUUUUAAGAAGGUUAAUUGGGAAAUUUAAGUUCAAUAAACAAGAAUUGCAAUUCUAUUUUUUAAGUUCUCUAAUAAAAAAAUGAGAUGAGUGGGAUAUCAGUACCUUGGCUAUAUUUAGGAAUGAAGUAUGCUAAUUUUUGUUGGCAUAAAGAAGAUUUAAAUCUAAAUUCUUUAAACUAUAUGCAUGCAGGAGCACCAAAAACAUGGUAUUAAUUUUAAAUUCAAUUUGAGGUAUGCUAUACCACCCAAUCAUAGUGAAAAGUUUUUAUAAUACUUCAAUAAGAAGUAUGAAAAUUAAAGAAUUCAGAAUCCUCGUCUUUUAUAUGACUUAGUAUGUCAGAUAUCACCUGUAGAAUUAAAUCAAUAAUAAAUUUAAAUCCUCAGAACAGAACAGCAUCCUGGUGAACUUAUUAUCACUUUAGGUGCAACCUAUCAUGCAGGAUUCUCACAUGGUUUAUUUUAAUAUAUAUAUAAUCUAAGGAUUCAAUUGUAGUGAAGCUGUCAAUGUUGCUCCUACUUAAUGGCUUGAUGAAUUUGAUCGUGCUUCUACUGAAUAUCGUAUGGAUGGAAAUCUUAAAAAAGUAUACUAAAUUUUUUAUAUAUCUAUUAAGAUUAGUUUCCCUUUAGAAUGGCUUCUCACCAAAGUUGUUCUUAUGGCAGAUCAAGUUUAAUUUACUUAAUCAUCAUGGAUUAAAGUAUUCUUUUUUUCUUAUUAUCUCUUUUUAGUUACUUGAAAAAUUUAAAAUCAUUAUUCAUUCUGAAAUUGCUAAUAGAAACACCAUUCUAGCUCUCUAUGAAUAAGUUAAAACUGUAGAAUUUACAAACUAAUUAGAAAAAUAUGAUAGAAAUGUCUGUAAAAUCUGUUCUAAUUAUAUGUUCUAUAGUUAUAUUUUCUGUGGAAAGUAUAUCUUAUUUAUAUUAACAAACAAGAUGCUUAAAAAAAGGAUGCAUUGCUCAUCAAAGUGUUUGUGCCUGUUCAAACCCUAAAAUUUCCCUCUAUAUUCGAUAUAAUAGUGAGGAAUUACAAACUAUGUUAACAACUUUAGAAUCUAAAGCAAAUUCAACAACGGGGUUAUGAUUACCAAAAAUACUUAUAUAAUUUCAAG